GUUCUUUUUUUUUUUUUUUGGUCAAACUCCUUUUGGUUCAUACUCCCUAAAAGAAUUGAUUGAUUUACUCAUAACUCAAAAACAUCAAUGUAUAUAAAAGUAGUGAUUUGCAAUACACAGAAACGAAAAAGUAAAUCAUGAAAGUCAGCUCUGCGUUGUCCUCACUCGUCUUUCUGCUGCUACUACUACUCACGUCUGUGCUGGAUUUUGUUCCAAAUAUCAUUGUUGAAGGAGGGGAAGAGAAUGCAGAACAAGCAGAAGAUGUCGAAAGGUCACAAUUCCCAGAUGGGUUUCUCUUUGGUGUUGCCACUUCUUCCUAUCAAGUUGAGGGUGCAGUUCAUGAAGAUGGUAGGAGUCUCAGUAACUGGGAUGUUUUUGCCCAUACCAAAGGCAAUAUAGAGAACGGAGAUAAUGCAGAUAUAGCUGACGACCAUUACCAUCGUUGCUUGGAAGACAUUGAGAUUAUGCAUUCUCUUGGGGUGGAUUCUUACCGUUUCUCAGUUUCAUGGGAAAGAAUUCUGCCAAGAGGGAAAUUUGGUGAUGUUAACCCUGCUGGAAUCUUGUUCUACAACAAAAUAAUUGACAAUCUGUUGCUUAGAGGCAUUGAGCCAUUCUUGACAAUACACCAUCAUGACCUUCCCCAAGAGCUUAUGGACAGAUAUGGGGGUUGGCUUAGCCCUCUGAUCCAGGAAGACUUUGUCCGUCUUGCUGAGGCAUGUUUCAAGCAUUUUGGUGAUCGGGUAAGGUACUGGAUCACCAUCAAUGAACCGAACUUGGUCUCAGAAUUUGCCUAUGAGAGGGGAAAAUAUCCUCCAGCUCGUUGCUCGCCUCCUUUCGGCAACUGUUCUGCUGGUAAUUCAGAUGUUGAGCCGCUGAUCGUAAUGCACCACAUGUUACUGGCACAUGCCAAGGCUGUCAAGCUAUACCGUGAGCAGUUUCAGCCCAAACAAGGUGGGACUAUAGGGCUUGUUGUAAGCACACAUAUGUACGAACCAUUAACUGAUGACGAGCUUGACAGAGAAGCAGCAAGUAGGGGUUUGGCCUUCUAUGUGGGUUGGAGUUUUGAUCCUGUAGUUUUUGGUGAUUAUCCUCCGGAAAUGCGUCGCUACCAUGGGAGUGAACUACCAACAUUCACAUCAGACGAGAGACAACUCAUGAGAGAUAGUACUGACUUCCUCGGACUAAAUCAUUAUGUAACUCUAUAUGCUAAGGAUUGCAUCCAUUCUAGUUGUACCUGUUUUGUUCCAAGCUGUUUCCCGGGUGGAGACCGCGCUAUUCGAGGCUUUGUGUCUACCACUGGAUUCCGGGAUGGUGUUGCAAUAGGGGAACCGACUGGGAAUCCUCGAUUUUUUGUUGUUCCAAGAGGAAUGGAAGAAGUUGUGGACUACAUUAAGGAGAGAUACCAUAACAAGCCUAUGUUUAUCACUGAGAACGGUUAUGCUUCACCAAAAGGCCAGCAAGUUGUUGAUUUGCAGCACGACAUCAAGCGUGUAGCGUAUCAUAAAUCAUACCUUUCAGCCUUGGCUCGAGCAAUCAGAAAUGGAGCUGAUGUGCGCGGCUAUUUCAUAUGGAGUUUGAUAGACAAUUUCGAGUGGACAGAUGGUUAUGACAUAAAAUUUGGGCUUUAUGCCGUAGAUCGUGUCACGAUGGAUCGAAUUCCGAAGUCCUCUGCUAAAUGGUAUCGAGAUUUCCUCCACAACAUUAGCUUCAAUCAUCAGGAGCCAAGAAUUGCAAUUCCAUUUAGUAGUGCCGAUGGCUUUCUGCCCAAUAUAAAGAAUGGUACUGCAGAAAUGGCAUGAUUCCAUCUUUGGAGUCAUCUUAGCCAGUAUCCUUUUAUCUGAUCUUAUGGUUGUUCUGAGUUCGUGUUCCUUCAAUAAUUAAACUGAUUUCUAUAAUCUUAGCAUUAAAUUUAUGUCAAGCAAAAAGGAAGGAAACAGGAUAUAAGCGAGAGUUCUAGACGUAUGAUACAUAUAUAAAAUUUAUAUUUGAGAUUUAAGUUUUGCA